GAAAGUAGGGCAUACAAUUGCCGGCAAACACAAAUCCUGGUUAUUUGAGCGGAUGAACCGCGAACGUACCUUGCCUAGUCCUGGGGUUGUCACGCGACAAGAAAGGAUCAACCUUCAGUCGCGCUCUUAGGCCUGCUCGUCGACAGCAGAAUCGCACGCGAUGACUUCUCCAACAACAGCUCAAUCAUCGCGCAGGCCAAGCUGGCAAUACAAGUAUGAGCAUGAGAUGAGCGACGAAGAACGACUGGAGUCUCUCAAAGCUUGGGCAGAAGAGAAGAAGUAUGUGACACCAGGCGAAGAAGGUACCUUGAGCACGGGAAUUGGUGGUGUUACCUCGCUCGCACUUGGAGGACCACUGCGAACGGUCCAAAGCGCAAGACAUGCGGAGGACAAGUAUCAUGGCCAGUAUGAUGCGCCCAUUGGGCCUCCUUCGUACAAAGUGGCGACCACGGAGGAGCAGGAGCGAAAGCCUAACGUGUUGAAGCGUUGGCUGCAGAAGCGGCGAUUGAAGAAGGCGGCAAAGCGCAGCGAAAGUGCUCCAGAAUAUGUGCGAUGAGCUUGAGUCUUAUGCAUCCAGCGAAGGAAGUUUUCCUCCAGAAUCGCAGAUGCUGAAAACGACCGAGUCAAGAUCUGCACACGCGCAGUCAGCAUUGAGCGCAAACACGAGAUGUUUGGACGAAGCGCGGCAAUAUUGUGAAGAUCAUACAAAUUGGUGUAGUUGUUUCUCAUCAAUUUUGCUCAAGUCAAAACCCGAAGGCGAA